CACCAGUACCACCACCACGACAGAGAACGACAAUUGUCAGGUAACGAUGAAGCGAUUCGCCACGACGAACAAUGAUCCUCAAACCCCGUUGCCACCGCGCAAACUCCUUCGCACCUCCCUGGGCUCCUCAACACCGCGCACACCCCACCUCUACAACCCCAUAGCUCCCUCACCUACGUGGCGUUCCACCCCAGGAGGACGGAGCGCAUUUGAUGAGUUUCCAGCGGAGGAGUUCACUAAUUGGGUAGAUGGAAUAAAAGAACGCGCGAAGAAGGCAUUGACGGAGAAUCGUGCUUGGGGGUUGAGGGAGAUUGGGAGGCAGAGGGUUAUACAGGGAGAGGCGGUCACUCCGAAGAAGAGCAUGGUUGUACUGAAUGCGCCAAUUUCAAUUGAUGGAGAGCAAGACGAGGAACAGGAGGGAGAAGUGAAGGAUGAUGACCUAGUGGAGGUUGUGGAGGCGGAAGACGCGGAGGAUCUGCUGAUGGAACACGAGGAGGAUCCUUUUGAGGAGCCUGCUGAUGAGGAAGAGGCUGAGGUUGCCGAAGAUGAGUACACUGAUCAAGAUGCUGAGGGCCUUUACGAGGAUGAGGAUGAUGAAGAGGACGAGGAAGACGAGGAGGAGCGCGAGUUUUAUCAGGCACGGCCGAGCAUCAUUGCAGCCCUUGCGAGGAAGAAGCCUGCAUCUGCUGCAGAAGUUAUCGAUCUCGCCUCUUCUGAGGAUGAAGCAGAACAAGACGAUGGGGAGGAGGGCAAUGCGGUCGUUGAGGACGAUUUAUUAGCAGAACUUCAGGAUUCGUUCGCAGUCGGUAAUGACGAUGGAGAAGCAGAAGAGGACAAUGACCGCGACGGUCCCUUUGAAAUAUUUGACGAUGAAGCAGAAGAAGUCAUUGACAUUGAUGAGACUGGCCCACCAUCUGAAUCCGACGAUGACGAGGACGACGACGAUGAAGAUAGUGAAGAGGAAGUUAGUGAAGACGGUGACGGAUGGGAGGACGAUGAUUUGGAGGAGGAUGAGGAAGUGGAAGAACAUGAGCAAUCACGUUCCAUGGGUGGCGACGAAGACGAGGAGGAACUCGACCCCGCGGUGAACAGGUCUUUAUCGAACCUCGAAAAAGCCAUUGCUGCAGGGAACGUUACACCGAUGCGCGGCAAGCCUCACGCUGACAAAGCAUACGAGAACGAUCGUGGAGAAAGGGAUCUCCUGGGUGUUUUGGACUAUACCUCCGCCAGUACUGAUGAGAACGGAGAGGAGGAUGCUGUGGACGAAGUUGAUCUCGUCAGAUCAGGCAACCAAACCGUGACUGAAGGCGAAAGUACCGAUGAUACCAGGUUUGUAGAGGAAGUACAACUUGAAGCGCAAGUCGACUACGUUUUCCAGGAAGACAAUACGGAAGCGCAGCUGCCGGAGGAGCCCCCAUCAAGUAACACUAUCGGUGCAUCUGAAUCAGCGCAGCCAGAGAUGAUCUCGCUUGACUUUGAGCCUGAACCGGCUUCAGAUGCUGUUCAGCCAUCCCAAGACGAUGUUUCAGCGAUCACCGAACCCAACGCACUGCAAGCCUUUGCGAGUCAAGUUUUGGCAAAUGACGCACUUGAUGUGCUUGCGUCUGCGAGCGGUCACCUUGCUGAAGACAAGAAUAUCGCAGCUGAGAGUUUGCCUACUAAAGACGAAGGCAGCGAGGCUCCGACGACUCCGCGCCGUGACCGCCCUGACACGGCGGGAGAUUCACACGUUCUGCGAUCAGGUCGCGAAGUAACAUAUGACCAGGAAAAACUGAGACAUAUCCGCUACGGUCUCAGUCCAAAGCCUUUUGCGUCGCCGACUUUUGGUGAGAGGGGCCGCGCCCGAAGCCAUAGUCCGAAGGCGCCGAGGAGUAGAGAGGGAAGUGCAGCGCCGGUGCAGACUCCAAGGAGUGCCAACGCAAAAAGAAAGGCGGAGCAUUUGGAGGAAGUCACGGAAGAGAAGGAGAAGGAGUGGUAACCCCGGGCAUAGGAGUUAUCCGGAUAAGGAAAUCAAUCUUUCCGUCGUGAGAAACAUGGUUGGUAAAAAUGAGAUUCCAUCCGAUAUAUAUAAGUAGAGGAACCGCCAGGGUUCCUUAAGCAAAGCCAAUACUCCACGUCCUA